AUGCAUAUCACCGCUAUCUUGGCCACUGCUCUCGUGGCAGCUAGCAGCGUAGCCGCUGGAAUCAAUUGCAAGGGCAGUGUGCUUUGCGGCCAAGGCACCGAACCGCUUUCCAACCUCAUCAACUAUGCCGGUGGCCUCAACGACGACCGUUGGUAUCAGAACGGCCAGCACAUCGUCUGUGGAGGUUCACUUUGUGCGUUUCUCCAAAACACCGGUGGCCUGCCCGGUCGUGAGAUCAAGCGCCUCCUCGGAGAGCUCCGCAAUCAUGGCUGCAAGUACUGCGGCAGCGUCCCGGUCUUCUUCCCCGAUGACAACAAUGAUGGAGACCAUGGUAUUCUGACCGUCAACUACGUCAGCAACCCGAACUGCCAAGGAGUUUGUUAA